AUGGACGAAGCGGAAGAUCCAGUAGGAAAAGAAGACUUGCACGCAGCUGUAUCGAGCGUCCUCGGAGAAGACUUUCUAUCAUCAGCGACUCUCAUAGCAUCCAGGGAAGUCACAGAGGAGCCAGGAGCUGUCCUCGAGAACCGUACGGAGCAAGAUUCAGCUUCGAGGAAAAUCAGCAGCUUCCCAAGUCAUGCAGCUGCAACCCGAAUCAGGGCUGACAGUCCAGCUGGAGGUGAAGAGCAACGAAAUCUUGAGUUUGCUACAGCAGACAAGAACGGUUCUUCUUCGUCUGUUGAGAGUGUGUUAGAGAUCGAGAAAGAACCAAUCUGUCAGACUACAGUCGCAAACAGCUUCAAGGUGCCUUACAACAAUGGCUAUGGAGACUUUUGCUUCGGCAGAUUUAUAGACAGAUACGAUAAAUCGGCAGCAAGAAAUGAUAACAGUUUGGUUGCGCCGGAGCUGGAUGGUUUCCAAAGAACAGGUCUUUUUCGUUAUUUCGAUCUUCCUCGCGAGAUUCGACAGAGAAUAUUUCAAUUCCUUCUUUGGCCCUUGUUCACAACCUGCGAUAAGACCGGUGGCAGAUACAUCCAAAUUCAACUUGAACGUAAUCCCUAUGCCAUUGCAGAAUCACAAUAUUCAAGGAGCGAGUAUUCGGGCGAUUUCAACUACUAUUAUUUGAGUCACGGGAAGUCAUGGUUGCUGAAGGCAGAAAUGGAGGACGGUCCAGCAGCACUAAAGAUUAUGGAGGAAGACUUCCUGAUACAAAAAGAGAUCUACAGCCACAAGCGCAAAAUACACCCUGGUAGAGCUGGGUGCGUGUACAACGUCCUGAUUGAUCCUUGGGAGGUUACCGUACGCGGAGGUGGCCCAAACCGCGUUUUUCACGAAUGGAUCCGGCAAAUCUCUAAUACCAGCAGUGUAUUUCGACAGGAGCUCGGAGAUGUAUUUUGGCAAAACACAGAAGUGGAACUAAUAAAUGAGGAAUGUUUCCAUGAAUUCUUGAAAGACCGACCAGCUGUGGCCAAGGGUAUCAGAAGGAUAAGUCUCUUUGCAAGCCUGCUGGAAGGAAACGCCGGGCUAUUCGCGGAGGUUUGUUCUGCAAUAGGAAUGCUUCCUGAUCUCCGAAGCCUUAGGUUGGAUAUUGUGUUAUACUCGGAAGACCUCGAACAUAUUCUUGCGGUGACGGACAGCUUUGCUGGAAUGACUAGCAGUCGAACAUUGCGUGUCAAGGAGGUAUUUCAUGUUAACCUCGCUAUCAUCCCAAUGAUUGGUAGUGGUCCGGAUUACGGUCCAUGUCUAGACGGAUGUGAAAGCAAGGAGAAGGAUCUGUGCCCGUCCUGCAAGGCCGUGCCUCUCAUCAGAGAAAUCAUGAUGCCCGAUAGCUUGCGGGCCAAACCGCUUCUUACGAAAAUGGACGCAUACCUUCACCACAGAUCGGAAACAGCAACGUCGUCUUCUAUCGACCAAGCAGAGCAAGGAAACUGA